AUGAGCUGGGCCUUGGGAGUGCUGCGGGCCGGCCAGAGAGCGCUCACUAGUUUCUUGCGCCCAGCAAUGGCCGUGUGUCCUCCCCGGGCAGCUGGCCAUCCGCUCACAGCCGUCUGGCCGUUCACUCCCGUGUCCAAGAUGGCGACCGUGAAGCGUGAGCUGAUGCAGAAUUUCACCUCGGAGGAGCCGGUUUGUCACAAUAAGGUCUCCAUCAUUGGGGCCGGAUCGGUCGGCAUGGCCUGCGCAGUCAGCAUCUUAUUGAAAGGCUUGAGUGACGAACUUGCCCUUGUGGAUGUCAAUGAAAGCAAACUGAAAGGCGAGACGAUGGAUCUUCAACACGGCAGCCCGUUCAUGAAAAUGCCAAAUAUUGUCUGCAGCAAAGAUUACCUCGUCACUGCCAACUCCAGCCUGGUGAUUAUCACAGCAGGCGCGCGCCAGGAGCAAGGAGAAACGCGCCUUAACUUGGUCCAGCGAAACGUGACCAUCUUCAAGUUUAUGAUUUCCAGUAUUGUCCAGUACAGCCCCAGCUGUAAACUGAUUGUCGUUUCCAACCCGGUGGACAUCUUAACCUACGUAGCCUGGAAGUUGAGUGCGUUCCCUAAAAACCGUGUGAUUGGAAGCGGCUGCAACCUGGAUACUGCUCGUUUCCGUUUCUUGAUCGGUCAGAAGCUUGGUAUCCACUCUGAAAGCUGUCACGGGUGGGUUCUUGGAGAGCACGGAGACUCGAGUGUUCCAGUGUGGAGUGGAGUGAGCGUUGCUGGGGUCCCUCUAAAGGACCUGAACGCAGAGAUCGGAACGGAUCGAGAUCCUGAGCAGUGGAAGAAUGUCCACAAGGAAGUGAUCGCCAGUGCCUACGAGAUUAUUAAGAUGAAAGGUUACACUUCUUGGGCCAUUGGCCUCUCUGUAGCUGAUCUCACAGAAAGCAUUUUGAAGAACCUAAGGAGAACGCAUCCGGUGUCCACCAUAAUCAAGGGACUGUAUGGAAUCGAUGAAGAGGUGUUCCUCAGUGUGCCUUGCGUCCUGGGAGAAAACGGUAUUUCAGAUCUUGUGAAGAUCAAGCUGAGCCCCGGAGAGGAGGCCCGUUUGAAAAAGAGUGCAGAAACGCUCUGGGCGAUUCAGAAGGAGCUGAAGCUUUAA